AUGUCGAUUGCUCGUCUCCACAACAAAUUGCUUCGCAAAGAAACAAAAAAUAGCUUCUGGAUUGGGAAUAAAUAUUACUUGCUGGCAAGAAUCUGUAACUGGUUGUCUCAUUCAAUUACAUGGAGAACACUUGGAGCUCAAACGCAAGUGGCAGGACGACUGAUAAACGAGGCACUUCGUCUGCUACCCAGCGGAUGCUUCAAGGGCGAGAUCGACAGAUCUAUACUGAGGAAGCAGCUUCCGGAGAGCCGUCACACCUAG